AGACCGUCUAAUGGAUGAUACGAGCAGACUGAUCGAAGGCUUUAGUAUGAGCUUUAGCCAUGUUAGACCGAAACCAAAACCAACAAUCGAUUCUGAUGCUAUAGACGAAGAGCAGAUUAACUUCAAUGCUGCAAGAAAGCAGUUUGUUCAAAUGGAGCAAAAUAAGAUAGACCCCAUCAUACGGCCACGCAAAAUUCAAGUGAAGACAUCACCCAAGCUAAAACCAGAUGCUGCAGUGCUAAGAGAAGAAAUAAAGAGAGAGGAGCUAGUGUUCAAACCAAGCGUGGAAGAUAGUGUUGAUGCAGAAGUGAAGGACGAUCGAAGUAGCAGUCAUAGUCGACAAAGCAGCUAUAUGGAAGAGUCAGAUGGACUUUCACUAAAUGUCAGCUAUAGCAGCAUCGAUGUGCUGGCCCAUGAACAAAACCAAACAGGAAAUAACACAUUCCAGUUUAAUGUAGAGCCCGAGACGCCAAUUGAACGAGAGAUACGUAUUACUCAAGAACGUGAGGAGAACUUGCGUAGAUCCAGGGGCCUGCAGAGUAGCGUCAGCGAAAUGGUCGAAAUCAAAACCAAAAGAUUGCAGUUGCUGACGCCGCUAACACCUUCGCGAGUCAAAGAUAAGGGUAAAGCAAGUUCUAUCUUCCAAGAAAUCCAAAGAAAGGAAGAAGCAAUCAAGCAAGAUGCUGCUGCACAAGAGUUAGCAGGUCGAAGCCUUGAGCGAGCAAAUAGUUACGAUGUUCUUCAUUCCAACGCUAACGAGGAUAGAGCGAGUUUUAUCUUCCAGGAAAGAAAGGGAGAAGCAAUCAAUCAAGACGGCGUAACACGAGGGUUUCCAGGUCCAAAGCGUGAGCGGGCUAAUAGUUAUGACAUCCUGCAGCCCAAAGCUCACACUAAUGAGAGUAAUGGUACCAACGCCUCUGAGCAGAAAGCAAAGCUGGAUGUUGUUGACUAUGCUUUACAAAAGCAAAAUUACACCGGUCAAGAUGGAAGCAAAACCGAUGAUCGACAAAGUUAUACCAAGCAAGUUCAAGGGUAUGCUGAACCAUAUGUGCCUGGAGAAAGGCGAGUAGAAAGAUACAGCUACACCAAGCAAAGUGAUCAGGUACUGGCAAGAAAUGGGGAAUUAGAAGGAUUUAAAAGCUUUGAAGAAAGAUGGCAAACUCAAAAUGGAGACAAAAUGGAAAAUGGUUUUAAAAGCGUUAGCACUGAAAGGUCUGAAGACGUCUUUCCAUUGUCAUGUUGUCCUCACAAACAUCCAGAAGAUUCAGAUCCAACUAGACCGGAGCAGACUCCAGCAUGGAGGGACAGUCUGGAGAGAACAACAGGUCUGCACAACAGAGGGCAGGGGGGGUCCCUGCUCAUUGAGAGAGACAUUGAGGAGGCUCUGAGGAGGGAAAAGGAGCUAAGGGAGCAGAGGGAGGCUCAGGUGAGACAAAUGUAUUCCCUGCAGACCCUGGUGGAGCAGUCAGACAGGAUGGCCGCCCCACAGUUCAUCAAGCGCGAUAUCGAGGAGGCGCUGAGGCGGGAGCAGGAGCUAAGCGAGCAGAGGGAGAUUCGAGGCAAACAGGUUUACUCGCCGCAGACGCUGGUGCAGCAGGCAGACAAGAUGGCCGCCACACAGUUCUACCCACAGAUCAGGACAGGUAAAGAAGAGUCCAGAGUCCACACCUACUCUCGUCCCUCUCUCGGCGGCCCCCAGCCCUGGUCUCCUGCCCCCCAGACCUCCCAGACUCCCCUGACCCCAUUCCGCAAUGUGACCCAGACAACAGCCCCCCACACACCCCAGAACCCCUCCCCCCUUGUGGUCCGGGUCCCCCUUCCGGUCCGAGGACUCACCCAGACCCUGCUACAGGACUUUGAGGAGAGAAGGAUCAAACUGAAGCUGGAUGAAAGUGCAUACGCUGGAAUCCAACCAGUCGAUUCUGUCAAUAACGAGGUGGUGGAGUCCACUCGGGUCGUGCGGCACAAGAACCAGAGGGCGCUGCAAUGGGAGGCCGGGCUCUUCGCCAACCAACAGGACCAGUGACCAUCCCAGUGUUCACCAGCAGGGGCAGUGUGGAGGCACUCAGCCGCUAUGGAGAAAUAAUGUUGCUGCGGCGGGGGGGGCUGUUUCAGAAGAACUCUCCACUCACAGUAACGAGGUCUGGAGUUCAACCUGAGAGAUGCUCAGUCCACACGUUCUCCAGGUAGAACUGCGGGCUGCACUGCCGUCGUCCACUGCUCCUGCCGUUGGAGGAUGGGUUAGGGUCAAACACAGAGUGCAAAUUUCCCCACAAGUACAACACAUGCACCUUAACCUCUUGGGCCUCCUUGACCUCCAGCCCAGCAGACUUCUGACUCUGGGUUCCACUUGAGCAGCACACAUGGAACAGAUCAGAAAUGUAUGGUGUAUUUGAUUUUUUGUUCAUUCAUUUGGCAUUUUGUAUUUGUGAUUGAUCAAAUGUGAUUGAUCAGCUUUGUCUCAAAUUUAAACCAGUUUUGAAAUUCAUUAGCCUCUUUGAGUGACAGCGCUCCUCCUGUCAGACCACAGCACUGACACAGUCCAGGGGGCGCUGAUGAGCAGGAAACACACAUCACUCUUCUUCUGUAGAUUUUACCUUUGGACUUUGACCUGAACUCAUAAGACUGCUUCUGAUUGGUCCGAUCAGAAUAAACAUGAUCCAGUGUGAUAGCAGCCAGCCAAUGAACUGUGAUCUUCAGACUGCUACAGUCAAAUAAAUGAUGCAGCUCCGAGCUACUUGAAUGAAGUCAAAAUAAAACUUUAUAUUUUAAAAAAGC